AUGUUCCGCUCGAUUGUGACCAAGAGAGGUGUGCAUACAGUUCCUAGGCUCCCACAGGCAUCGCAUUUAAGUCGACAGGGUGUUCCAAAUGUGCUGAGUGUCGGUGGCUUCAAAGUUCUGUGGGACCAGCAUCAAAAAUACCUAUGUGAUAAACUUACACUUGCUACAACUGGUACCAGUAUGGAAUCAUAUUUGCCUUUCCACUUACUACUGAACACGGCUAAAAAAGCUUCUCAAAGUCAUAUCUUCAAUCUGGCCUCGGCAGCUCACAAUAAUCAUUUAUUUGUUGAAAACAUCGUUCCAACCUUCACCUCUACUUCGACUCAACCAUCUCGUUUAUUUUUGACCUGUGUAGAGGAAUCAUUUGGUUUGGAUUGGGAAGCCUUGAAGAAAGAAAUGGUCCGUCGUGCUGAGCAGGAUGUGCUUGGGCAGGGCUGGCUCUUUUUGGUGGAAAACAGUGAUAAAGAACUGCAUAUUCUAACGAUACAAAAUAACGGUACGCCGUACUACUUCCCAAGGAAUCAACUAUUCGAUUUGAAUUGUGCAUUGACCUUAGAGGAGUUUGCACAAUUAGAAGAAAUCAAGAAGCUAGUGGUGGAGCAAGGAGACAAAAAGGUCAAGGACUGGACAGUGCCACUAGUAUGUGUUAGUCUUUGGGAUCAAGCUUACCUGCAUGAUUACGGCGUUCAAGGCAGAUCAAAAUAUGUGGAAAACGUCCUGAAUAACUUAAACUGGGGUGUUGUAAACAAUAGACUGUACUCAGACUCAUUAUGA